AUGCCCGGUCUUUCCUUCGAUAACUACCAAAGAAACCAGUUCUUGUCGACCAGGGGAUAUGCACAGCCCAAGGCAACAUCUACUGGUACGACAAUCGUCGGAUGCAAGUUCAAAGGUGGCGUGGUCAUUGCGGCUGACACGAGAGCAACGGCCGGUGCCAUUGUCGCCGACAAAAACUGUGAGAAAUUGCACAGAUUGGCGCCCAAGAUCUGGUGUGCGGGUGCGGGUACUGCUGCAGAUACAGAGAUGGUCACUCAGUUGAUUUCCCUGAAUCUCGAGUUGCAUUCCAUGUGGCAGGCCCGCCAGCCCCGUGUGAUCACCGCCUUGACAAUGUUGAAGCAGCACUUGUUCAAAUACCAGGGUCACUUGGGAGCCUACUUGAUUUGUGCUGGUGUGGACCCCACAGGCGCCCACUUGAUGUCUGUGCAAGCACACGGGUCUACAGACAUUGGCGAGUACCAGUCGUUAGGUUCCGGAUCUUUAGCUGCCAUGGCAGUUUUGGAGACCAGCUGGAAGCCUGACAUGACCAGAGACGAGGCCGUGAAGUUGUGUGCAGAUGCCAUCGAGGCUGGUAUUUGGAAUGACUUGGGUUCUGGUUCCAAUGUCGACGUCUGCGUAUUGGAAGUGGGCAAGGACGCAGAGUUGCUCAGAAACUACUUGACGCCUAACGUGAGAUCAGCAAAGGCAAGAUCAUACAAAUUUGCCCGCGGCACUACGGCUGUUUUGAGAAAGAGCAUACGCGAUAUUGUCGAUGUGGAGGAGACGGUGAUUGGCUUGGGCAGUUCCGAUGCAAUGGAGGUUGAUGCUUAA